AUGAUGAAACUGCAGCCCAUCACUGGAGUCGUCGGACGUGAGCGGUGGAAAAUGUUCUCCUUCCUCCCGUGUCUCCUCCUUCCCCUCCUCCUCCACCAGGCGUCCUCCUCGGAUGGUUUUGAUCUGGGGGAUCUCUUCCAGGGCUUUUACCCCACGGGUGGGGGGAAUGUGACUGACCUUUGCAGCAACCACACCGGGGCUUUCUUCGAUGAACUCAACCGAANCAGCAACCACACCGGGGCUUUCUUCGAUGAACUCAACCGAAUAGAUAGCAUUUCCGAAUGGGCGCUCAAAAUGAUGGACGCGACCGGGAAAAUGCCGUCGGGAAUCCUCACCGGGAACAUCUGGGCGUUGGGGAACUACGAGGAAUGCAUCGGGACCCGGGCGAGGUUCAACGAGACCCUCUACGCGGACGUGGAACGGCUGGACUUCGCGGGAAAGUACUGCCUCGUCACCUUCAUGGCCGUUCCCCCAGAAGGCAAGGCGGUUCGGAGCGACCAAUUGGUGAAUGGCCUGGCAUCACUCGGCAUCUAUGGAGUGCCGUUCCUCGUGGAGGGGAUCUGCCUCCCAUCGUCCUGCUCCGACGCAGACGUUCAGAAUUCUCUGUCAGCCAACUUCGAAGGAACGAUUCAGGCGGGGAUAUUGGGUUGUCAGGACGAUAGCGUUCCUCCUCUUACCACUUCGGGGAUCAUCUUCGUUGUGGUGCUCUCUCUGUGCGGCGUUUACUUCCUAAUCGGCACGAUCUGGGAUCUUAGGUUUCGGAAUAACAAGAAGAAACCUGAGACAUUCAUGGACAGCCUGCUCGUGGCGGGAUCCUUUUACACCAACGGGGAGAAGCUUCUCUCGACGAAACAAGGCUCUGAUGUCAUCGGCAGCCUUCACGGCAUAAGGUUCGUCACCAUGACGUGGGUCGUCCUGGGGCACACCUACUCCAUAAUGUCUGUGGGUGCUCCGGUCAUCAAUCCGAUGGUGUACGAUGAAAUGACGAAGGGUUUUUUUUUCAAUGCGAUACUGAAUGCUACGCCGUGCCACCUGUGCAAGAAGAAGUACUCACCUGAGGAGCAGAGGAUAGAGGAGGAGUUCCUUGAGGUUUCCUUGCUCACGCCGAUAUACGCGAUGGUGCUUUGGUUCUCCAUCGAACUCUUCCAGUACACUUUCUCGGGCCCUUUGCACAAAUUCAUCACAGACGCCUUUACCAAGCCCUGCCGGGACCAAUGGUGGAGGAACCUCCUCUACAUCAACAACAUGUUCGAGGAGAACGAAGGCAUGUGCAUGGUACACACAUGGUACAUGGCCAACGACUUCCAGAUGUACCUCGUCUCCCCGUUGAUCAUCCUCCCUCUCUUCUUCUUCCCAGCCGUCGGCAUGGGAUUUGCUGGUCUCCUCCUCGCCGGGUCCAUCACAGUCCCGGCCGUCGUCCUAAUCGCCAACGACAUCGGAGGGACAUCCACUUACCAAGAUAGAAUCAAUCCCGAUGACGGGAGAAUGUUCAUGAAAUACUACGUGAAACCAUGGACACGAUUCGGACCGUACCUCAUCGGCCUCAUUCUUGGAUAUAUCUUGCAUCGAAUCAAAGGGAAGAAUAUAAAACUUUCCAAGGUUGUGGGGCUCGCUGGCUGGUGCGCAGCGAUCGCGACUAACAUGGCAGUCAUCUAUGCGAUCGCAACUAACAUGGCAGUCAUCUAUGGUCUGGAAUACUAUAUGAAACCAUUGUCACCGGCGAUGCCGAGAGCGGCUCAGGUCAUCUACGUCGCUGUGCAUAGGGUCGCCUGGUCCGUCGGGUUGGCAUGGGUCGUUCUUGCCUGCCACAUUGGGGCUGGAGGUCCAGUGAAUACUCUGCUUAGCUGGAAAGCCUUCGUACCUCUCGGCCGACUCACCUAUAGCGCUUACCUCGUCCACGUUCUGGUUGCGGGCUGGUACCAGUUCGGUAUAGAUUCUUCCGUCUACGUCGACCAUGAGACUCAGGUGGUCGUAUUCUUGUCCACACUGAUCCUGACUCACUUCGUGGCCGUCAUCUUCUCUUUGACGUUCGAGAUACCUGUUCUGGGACUCGAGAAGAUCUUUUGUGGACUCAUAUUUGGAGAGGGAAACAAGCCAGGCCAUAAUAACUUCCCGGUAGCUAUUAAACCCCACAGUAUGACGGAAAGUGAAAAAGGAAACGAUUUUUCAAAGGGAAAGCUAGAAGUACUCGACCUAAAUCUUGCUUCUCCAGAGACUGGCAUUCUGAAAGGAGACAUAAUAGUGCACGACGUCUCUUGGGAAAAGCCAAAGUACGGCGGCUUGGACAACCCUGCAUUCAUCCCCGACACGAAACAGAAACUCGGCCACGACGAAUCAUUGGACGGUCAAAGUCAGCACAAAUCUCUCUCAUCCUUCUCUCACUCCACCCCAAGAGACUCCUCAGAGGAAACCCUCCCCAGAGGAUCCUCAGACGAGACCAUGGAAGUCAAUGGCCAACGAACCUCGCAGUCCUCACAGGAUGAAGACGAAAUCAAGCCAGAGCCGGCAAUGGAGAAGUUCUGAUAAGAGGCUGACAAAAACGA